AUGAAUCCAAAAUUUAAAAUAUUGUCUUUUUAUUCAAAACAAUUAACUAUUUAUUCUCUGUCGUUCCAGGAACAUCCGAGCUUACGCGGUACGCCUUUGGCGAUGCUUGCGGCGCAGUGCAACAAACUUUCCAGUAAAUCACCUCCACCGCUAGCCGAUGCAGCCGUUGGCAAGGGGUUUCAUCCAUGGAAGAAAAGCCCAGGAACGCAUUCCCCACCCGGUGCCGGCGCAGCACCGCGCUCUCAACCCCCAACUUGUAAUCCAUACGGACGUGGACCUACAUCAUGCGCAGCUGCGCCCUCGUAUGGCAACGAUCUCUACUUUCCGUCGUCCGGAGACCAGCUACUCGGUAAAAGUGAAUCUAGUGCAAGUCUAGGCUCAAUGUAUUCGCGCCAUCCCUACGAGUCGUGGCCUUUUAAUGUCGGUGGCGGAGGUGGAACAGGUGCUCUAAAAGCGGCUGAAAUGAGUGGUGUCAGUACUGUGGGAAGUACGUGGUGGGAUGUACACAGCGGUUGGCUAGAUGUCGGCGGACAAAUGGCUAAUUAUGCCGGUCAAGAUUAUUCUCAGUUGACUCAUUCCUUAUCGGGUGGUGCACACUUAUUACCACCUGCACCUCAUCUGUUACAAGACGCUUAUAAAUCUGUGUUGCCUACACAAGGAUCAUUCGGUCUGCAUGGACCAGGAUCGCCGGCACCUCCCGCUCAAGCACCUUCUCCUAGAUCACAGCGCCGUUACGCCGGGCGAGCAACAUGUGACUGCCCAAACUGCCAAGAGGCCGAAAGGCUGGGGCCAGCUGGCGCACAUCUGCGAAAGAAAAAUAUACAUAGCUGUCACAUUCCCGGCUGCGGGAAAGUUUAUGGAAAAACAUCCCACCUGAAAGCUCAUCUGCGUUGGCAUACUGGAGAGCGACCUUUUGUGUGUAAUUGGUUGUUCUGUGGCAAGCGGUUCACUAGGUCUGAUGAAUUACAAAGACACUUAAGAACACACACAGGCGAAAAGAGAUUUGCGUGUCCAGUAUGCAAUAAGAGGUUCAUGAGAUCAGACCAUCUCGCUAAGCACGUUAAGACACACAAUGGGGGAAAGAAAGGAAGUUCAGACUCUUGUUCAGAUUCGGAGGAGAAUAGUCAGGGAGAAGGUGGUGCGGGAGGAAGGUCGCCAGAGCACGGGUUAGAUGUGAAGCCGAACUCGUUGGUGUGA